AUUGUACGGUCGCGUGAAAAGUGCAGCUAGGCCACAGAAUUGUGGGUCGCAGUGUUUGUUCCGUUUGUUUGAUAUUUUCCUUCGCUAACCGAUUGUUUCUCGCUCGCUUCGAAAAGGGCAAAAGCUGUGUGGUUCACUCGUGCUGCUGUUCAACCACGCUGGUCCGACUGCCCAGGUUCCUGUUCGGUGGGUUCGGAAGGUAGUACGCACGCCAGCCAGCGCCAGAAUUAGUGGGCAGAGGAAGCGCACGACCCUGUGGAGUACUGCUGCUCGCGUUGGAUUCGAAGAGGGCAAAGAUGGUUCUAGCGGAACGUACGGCGGAGGGCGGUGUGCGGAAUGGGAAGCGAUCGCGCGGCCCAAGCCCUAACGGUCAUGCGGGUGCCGGGGUGGUCACCACUUCCGGGGCAGGUGGUGCCGCUACCGAUUCCAGCUCGGAUGACGAAAACUCGCGCAAAAACGGCAACACUUCGAAGGCAACCAAAGCCAAGAGCGAAUAUGAAGAGAAAAUCCGUGUGGGUCGUGAUUAUCAGGCCGUCUGCCCGGAGCUUAUCGCACCGACCGAGCGCAAACCGGAACAGUUGAACGAUCGGGCGCUGCUCGUGUGGUCACCGACGAAGGAAAUUCCAGAUGACAAAUUGGAAGACUACAUCACCGUUGCAAAGGAGAAGUACGGCUACAAUGGGGAACAGGCGCUCGGGAUGCUGUUCUGGCACAAGCACGAUCUGGAGCGUGCGAUACUGGAUCUGGCCAACUUCACGCCCUUCCCGGACGAAUGGUCCGCGGAGGAUCGGGUACUGUUCGAGCAGGCGUUCCAGUUCCACGGGAAAAGUUUCCACCGCAUUCGGCAAAUGCUUCCGGACAAAUCGAUCGCAAGCCUAGUGAAAUUUUACUACUCGUGGAAAAAGACCCGCAGCAGAACGAGCGUGAUGGAUCGGCAGGAAAAGAUGAAAAAGAACGACAGCUCGGAGAACGGAAGUGACCACGGCAGUAACGAAGAGUCAGACAAUGAGGAUAAGUCGACGUCGAACAGUACGACAGCCGGAGGAUCAAACAGUGCUGCUGGGAAUGGCAACGGGAACGUACCGAACAAUGGGUCGGCGGCCGGUGGUAGUAACAAAGGCAAUGAAGCCGAGAACGAAAGCAAUGGCAAUUCCGGUGGCGGCGCAGGGGCGACUAACGAGGGCUCACUCAAUUGUGCCGGAUGUGGGGUGACGUGCAGCGAAGUGCAUGCGUCCUCUCACGGAAAGCUCUGUGGCAGCUGCUACCAUCACUGGAGACGCACCGGUGUGCUGCGCCCAACGACUGGCCCGUCCUUUAUGAACAAACGCACCCGGGGCUCGAACAUACUGGGCAAAAGUGGCGACAGCCACAAGCGCCGACCGCCCAAAGGAAUGUACAUUAACCACGACGACAUAGUGCGGUUGGCCAGUACCGCCCAGAACGGUGGUGAUGGUAUCGUUGGUGGUGGCGGCGGUGGCGACGGCGUUGGUGGUAUCGUCGAGGGCAACAACGAUGGUGGCGGCUACAGGAAAGGCAUCCAGAGUAACGACCUGCUGGCCAGCAUGGAUCGGGAAAUCGUUUCACUAUUGACGCAAAUUCAGAACAACAAGCAAAAGGGAAGUGGACUCAAGCGCAAGAUAGACGAUGUGCUGGAGCUACUGAAGUCACCGGAGGUGAGCUCGGUCCGCUUGAACUCCCGUUGGAACCACGAGGAGCUAAUGCUAGCGGUGCAAGGCGUGCGCAUGUAUGGGCGCGAUUUCCAGGCCAUUGCCGACACGCUCGGGUCGAAAACUGAAACGCAAGUGCGCACUUUUUUCAUGAACUAUCGGCGCCGGUUUAAUCUGGACGCUGUGCUGAAGGAAUUUGAAGCUACCAACGCUGCUGCUGCUGCCGCCGUUGGUGCCGCCGGCGAGGUUCCGCUCGAUCAGACGAAAGCGUCCGCCGCCGAAAUGAGGAUGGCACCGGAGUCGGGUACUGCUGGGGGAGGAGGUACGGCAGCGAUCGGUACUGCUGCUGCUACUGCUACUACCGCUACUACUGGUGACAACGAAGGCAUCGAUCCGCACAAAACCGAUCGUUCGUGUGAGAAGGAAAAGCAGGAUAGUGCGGUGUCCGCCGCGGAGGAUGUCGAGAUAAUGGAGGUUAAAUGAACGUAGAGAGGGUGCUAGGAGGGAGAGGGAAGCAGACAAACAUUCUCCAAGCCUAACCACGGCGGGCAGUUGAAAAUGCCCCAAAGGAAGCGGAUCGCGACGUUGUAGUGUAGUGUAGUCGCUUUUCGAUCGACGAUUCAGAUUAGUUGGACGCGUUCCUCUUCGUGCAGAAAAGCAAUUUGUCCUUGCGAGUGGGGCGUAAUGGGUGGGGGGAGGGGGGGCUGGACUGCUAGUACUAUUACUAACUAAUUGUAAGCUCACAAAGACAAGGCGCAAAAAGGCUUUCUCUCGCGGCUCGUUCUCUCAACUGUAUCUCGACAUGAAUCGUUAAUACUUAUACUAUAUGAAUGUCUGCGUGUGCACCUCGCGCCGAUCGCCUUUCAGAUUGAUCUUGUCGAUGACGACAGCAGGGUAACAGUGACAGCGAACGGCAAAUCAAAGGAAUCGGCCGAUUCGGCAAUGAUGAGUAGCAACAUGCUCGAUGACGACGCGUCCUCGAUCCACAUGGAGUCCGUGUCCGUAACCUCGCUGUCCACGGCCAACACCCUCGACAGCGGCCUGUCGAUGGACGUGGGCGAGGUGACGAUCACGCCCCCCGGCAUCAAGGGCAGCGAUGCCGGCGACACGUCAAAUACUGUCAUUAUUCAGUAGAGUGAGCCCCUCGGAGGGACUAGUGGAAGUGUACUACAUCUCACUACAACACACAGGAAACAAGGCAUACCUUUAUCAUUGAUACACACACACAUCUAACUGAAACACAGCCCUUGCCUGCCUCUGUGUACGAAACGUGAAGUAAGAUGCUGACUCCCGCAAAAGCAAAGGCAUAUAAGUAAUAUAGUGCUAGUAGUAGUAGCAUCGUACGAGUAGUCUGUAAGAAUGUUAGAGACACGGGGAGGAGGAGGGUUAUGUUGUAAGGAGGAGAAGGGGGAAAACCCCCCCCCCCCCGGGGUUAUAUGAAAGAGAGACCGAGGAAGGAAGAAAGAAGAGCAGACACACAGGAUGCGGUAAAGCUUAGGUAGAAUAAAAGCAAUUUCUUAUCAUUAUACUCAAACCAUGCACUUACCUAUUACACACACAAACACACUCACACACAUAUAUACACUUCUGUGUAUGAGAUAUGAAUGGUUGCGAGGUUGCUUUUGUUCGCUUUCUUUCUUUCUUUCUAUCUUUCUUUCAAUUCGCUUAGGAUCGUAAAAGUAACUAAAAGAACGGGCAGACAAGUGUGCGAACAUCCCACUGUUAUACUAAUUCGCACGCAGGUCGCAACGGCACGGCGGCCACAUGUGUUGGUUGGUUGAAAGCAGCCUGCUCUGUCAGCAGAUGGCAAACGCAAACCUGCACCCGGUUUUGCAACAAAAAACACUAUUCUACCUUGUAGUGUUCAUGUGUAGUAUUUUUUUUAAACUUAAUUUUAAUUCUUAGAGCUUAGUCCCACGCAGGAGAUCGUAAGUGGAUCCAUAUUAGGGCAGAGUGGUGUAAGUGCAGACAAUUGCAGAAUCCGUCCCUUUGUUCGGAGGCGGCUUUUCUUUUCUUUUGUCUUUCCUUUUUCCAAGUCGCAUUUUUUGCAUCGUGAAUUAAUUCGUUAAUUCGUCCUGUAACACACAAAUCGGGACAGAUGGACGGUGGGAGGAAAGAGAGAGUUCCUGUUGGAAGGCAUUGACUGCACCACCAUCUUUCAUCUCCAGCUAUCGAUAACUAUUCGCGGAGGGACUAAUUGGAUGGUCCGAUAAUCAUAUAAGUAUGCCUUUGUAAGACUAGUGAUCCACUGCUUUCCACUUCUCGUCCGCGGGCGUCACUUCUUCUGCUACAGCCAGACCAAGGCCGCCCCAGGCGGUUGUGUUUGUGUACCGCGCUUUGGAUCGUGUAACUAGCGAUAGGAUCGUUUUAUUUUAUGAAAGUUUUGCAGCACUACCUGCAUCUCGCAACAAACAAAAAAACACACAAAAUCAAACCAUUUGUAUCGAAUAUUUAAUACUGUAACACAGCGGAAGGUGGAAAAGAGUUGUCUCUGCACAACCAUCAACCCCUACAACAAUGGCCCCUAUUGGGUCCAUUUUUAAUAAAAGAAGAAAAUACGCUUUUGACGCAUAGUACACUCACGUCCACACUAAGUAUCUCCGGAUCGUGCGAGAGUUGAUUCUUCCCUUUUACGUUGAUGCUUCAUAAAUAUCCAUACACGAUAAUGCUGAUGCUAAAGGAUGGAUUCGAGUCAAAAAGGGAUAGGGAUUAGGGGAAGCCAUGGACAGGCACACAAGUUGGACACGAGCAACAGUGCCAAGGAUUGCUUCUUGUUGUGUGACGACGGCGUAGGUGGAGAAGAGAGUCGCUUAGUUAGGUUAGAGCCUGCGGUGGUGCCUGCUGACAUGACGAUCGCGCUCCAGUUCGCAUCGACGAUCAACGAGGUUCAACCAGAGUUAAGCGCACCAUGCAUUUACUGUUCUUUUUUUCUUUCUCCUUAUAAUUGCUACCUAUAACCUUAACGAGAGUUACACUGAUCAGCGAUAAACAGCAAGCAGGCGAAUAGAACUACACAAACCUAAAGCUACACAGUGAGACAUAGAACCUUCGUUUCAGCCCGCUCCAAACAUAGAUUACAAGUGUUAUGUUACAAGGAUGCUACAAAAAUCUGGCAAGGACGCCGCUGGUUUGCAAGCAGAAACAACAGAUUCAAUCGUUAGAAAGGCAGGGAGCUGCGAUUUUAUAAUGGUUCAGGCGAUCAGGCGAUUGCUAUCGAUUAAUAUUUAAUAAGGCGAGAAAACAAAGCGGUGCAGUGCGGAAAAUAAAACUCAGUAACCAAUUCAA